AUGGGCCUCUCCAAGACCAACAGGAUUCUGAUCCUGUUGGCUAUUGACUCGGCUUUCUUCUUGUUAGAAUUGAUUGCUGGUUACAGCGUCCACUCGCUUGCCCUUGUUGCCGACUCCUUUCAUAUGCUCAAUGAUGUUCUGUCUCUAUUGGUCGGAUUAUGGGCCGUCAAAGUCGCCAACCGCGAAACCAACUCGAAGAUGUACACAUAUGGGUGGCAACGCGCAGAAACACUAGGUGCCUUGGUCAACGGAGUAUUUCUGGUCGCCUUGUGUUUGUCUAUCUUCUUGGAGGCCAUACAGAGACUGGUGGAGCCUCAGGAGGUCAAGAACCCCAAAUUUGUCUGCAUUGUCGGUUGCUUAGGUCUGCUAUCAAACCUCAUUGGCUUAGUCCUUUUCCAUGACCAUUCUCAUGGACACGGCCACAGCCAUGGUCACGCAGACAUCGAAGAAGGUGACUUUGCGGAGGAAGGCCAUGGUCAUGAGCAUAGUCAUGACCCUGUUCCAGUCUUGGAGCAAGGAAACACAACUAGCCGUACUGCUGGCGCGGACGCCUCUUCCCCGUAUUCAAACCGUCGUCGGACCUUGGACAGUCAGCACCGCAGUUCUCGUCGCUACAGCGGCGCAACCGGCCGUGGGUUCCUUGAUGUCGAAGAGAUCCAAGUCCAUCCCGCCACUUUGCGGCAGGAAAUCAUUGCAGCCAGUCGCUCUCGCUAUGAUGACCCAUCAGGAUCCGACACCGACGUGCUUGAGGGUGGGGAUUCCGAGGACGUCCGUCCAUCCGAACGCUCUGCGCUAUUGGGCCACAAGGAUCGUGCUGGCAACUAUACUGACGCCGGAAAUGCGCCUAAGACGGCUCAUCGUACUCCCGUGGACGACGACAUUCACAGGCAUCACAACCAUGCCCAGCCUAAACAGAAGGACGAAAAGCAUGGCCAUGGCCAUAGCCAUGAUCUGAACAUGCGAGGUGUUUUCCUUCAUGUGAUGGGUGAUGCGCUCGGCAACAUCGGCGUCAUCGCCUCCGCCCUGAUCAUCUGGCUCACUGAUUACUCCUGGCGCUUCUAUGUGGAUCCUGGCAUUUCAUUGGUGAUCACCGUGAUUAUUCUCUGUUCUGCCAUCCCUCUUUGCAAAGCGGCCUCGCGGAUUCUGCUUCAGGCUGUGCCCCACGGCCUCAGCAUUGAUCAUAUCAAGGAAGACAUUGAAGGAUUGCCGGGAGUAAUGGGCUCCCACCACUUACAUGUCUGGCAGUUGAGUGACACCAAGCUUGUGGCCUCGAUUCACAUCCAGGUCGAUACGGAGAUUAAGGGCGAGGGCUCGGAGCGGUACAUGCGUCUAGCCAGGCAGGUGCGCAAGUGCUUGCAUGCCUAUGGCAUUCAUUCGUCCACCAUUCAACCCGAAUUUGCGCCGGACAGUGAUGCUGAAGACACCAUUCAAUCCCCUUCUCACCCCGAUGGUGAAGCCUCUACUUCGACGACGCUCCCAAGCCGUACACCUAGCGUUCCUGAAGGGGAUCCUCAGGCUUGUCUUCUUGAAUGUGGCGAAGAAUGCGCUCAAAACGGCCAGUGCUGUCCGAAGAGGUCGCCGUGACUGCGUUAGGGAGGGGUCGCGAUACUCUUCCGUCUAAUUACCUCACCUUUACACUUCCUUAUAAGACGACUCGCCCUAAAAAUACUGUUUCCUAUCCGUACUAAUCAUACCCAAUUGUUUCUGGUGACUGAAAUGUCAUUUGUUGAGUUUGUCCCUGUUAAGAAUCUGUUUGGACUCGGCGCAUGUUCGGCGGGCACUUUGACAUAAAUGCAUCCAGACGUGCGCAUCUCGCGCUUGUUUUCAAGUAUCUCUACCAAAAUUACACCGUACUAUAUGUUGGUCAU